CUCGGAACAAACCGUGAUAAGAUAAAUUUCUAUGACUUCCUCGAAGACUCGAGUUAUACUGGUUGGGAUUGGAGGCGCAACUUGUUCAGGAAAGACGACGCUGGCGAAACAUUUGAGACGGAUUCUCCCCAAUAGUGUCAUUAUACAUCAGGAUGAUUUUACACCUCCUCAAAACAAGGUUCCGAUCCAUCCAGUGCAUCAAGUUCAGGAUUGGGAUGCGCCUGGCGGAGCAAUCGAAUGGCACCGUCUCAUCCAAUUUCUCAACAACGUGAAGGAGACUGGAGUGAUUCCACCGGAUCAUCGUAGUCAUGAUCACUUGAAUGAGCAAAAGCAAGUAUCGUUGAGCGAUUCCGUGUCGAACAAAUGGCAUGCAGAGUUUGAGCGAUUGACGAAGGAAACAGAAAUAAACGGCGGGAAGAUUAUUUGGGGGUUAGUGGAUGGCUUUUUAUUGUACUGGCAUCCGGACAUAAUCAAACAAUUGGACGUGCGGAUAUUUCUUCGGUUUCCGCACGACGUCUUGAAGCGCCGACGGCAUGACAGACACGGUUAUCAUACUGCAGGUAAGUGGUUGUAUCCUGAAGGCAUCCUUUUUCAGUACCAUACUCAAUUCAUACGUUGUCUCCGCACCUUUCCGCUACUCUAAAUCUUUUCUUCCUCUAACGCCGCCAAUCGUUCAAAUCACAUUCUUUAUUUCUUUAACUCCCAACAUCUUACACAAUUCUGCCACACUGACAUGCAGUCCAAUCCGAUCCAGAGGGCACCCUAUGGCGUGAUCCCCCCAUGUACUGGGAGCAUAUUGUUUGGCCUGCAUAUCUCGAAGCACACCGCGAUGCCUUUGUGGACGGAGACGUAGAAUCAGGGGUGCCGAACCAGAAGGUUCAGGGGCUGUUGCUGAUUAACGGUUUAGAAAUCGGGAUGGAUGAAACCGUGGAGAGAUCUUGUGCGGCUUUGCGAAGCAAGUUACAAGAUAACUAAUUCUGACAGAGCAGGAGGCAUUCGAUAUUCGUGAUUGACAAAAUCUAGGACCCCUCGUAAACCAUAGAUAGUUUUUGCGGCACUUACCUGUUGUGAGUCGAAUUUCGGAGACGGUCUGUGACGGUCCGAUGCGGAGAAUUCACAUGCUAAUGAAUCACCGGGUGUCUGUGAUUGGCGGAGAUAGUGCCUUAUAAGGGUCGGGCUCUCCGGGUCCCC